AUGUUUGUCUCUUUUUAACACAGUUUAAAUGCAAUGUCAGAGGCUGCUCAAAAUGGAAGACCCAUCCUCAAACGUCCUGGAGUGGGCUUUGGGGUUCUUGUGACAGACUCCUUCAAUCCAGGAUGUGUCCUGCUAGGAAAAAGAAAAACCAGAGUUGGGAAAGGCACCUACCAGUUACCAGGAGGCCACAUCGAAUUUGGAGAAACUUGGGAGGAAUGUGCCCAGAGAGAGGUGAUGGAGGAAGCUGGCGUCCGACUGAAGAACCUUCGCUUUGCGUCAGUUGUAAACUCUAUCAGACUGGAGGAAAAUUACCAUUACGUCACAAUCUUCAUGCAGGGAGAACUGGACAGGUCUUACUCUGUUGAACCAGUUAAUUUGGAGCCAGAGAAGAAUGAAGGUUGGACAUGGAAGCGGUGGGAAGACUUUCCCCCUGAAGAGCAGCUAUUUCUACCAUUAGCCAACCUCAGACAGCAGGACUUCCAGCCAUUCAGAAAGAGUUAAAAGGAUUUUCUGUAAUUAAGAAAUCAUCUUAUCACUCCCUGACUUAACCUUAUUCAGGUUCAGGUGAACUGAACUCACCUCAGGCUCUUUCUCACUCAUUUUAAAGGGAGCAUUGACCUAGCAAAAGGACACACGCCCUGACCUUAAGCUGUGAGACUGACAUACUGUACUUUCAGAUCGACUCUUAUGGAUAUUUACUAAAUGUUGCUCUAUAGCCUAAUGAUUUUAUUGAACAUGUAUGUGUACUAAAUUAUAUAUAAGGCUAUUAAGCUGUUAGGUCUUAUCAUAUAUUUAUUUAUACACACUGGUAUAUUAAGUAUACAGCAUGUUAUGGGUGAUAUUUUGUUAAAAUGUUAAAAUCAAACACCUUAAGGUAUCCCAAAAGCAAAGCUUUUACAGCCCAAAACUGAUUUCUGAUUUUUUUAAGCUGAUUUCUACAUAUACAUUUUAACAUUUCAAGUAACAAACUAACAUUAACCUGUAUUAAUAAUAAAUUGUAUUUUAUUGUAAAGUGUUACCAAUAUUUCAUCAUUCAUCACCUUCCUCAUGCAAACAGACAACACCCUUUGCAUUUGUAAUACUACUGCAAGGAUUUCAUAACAUAUUUUUUUUUCCAAAUAAACCUUACCUGCGCUCCAAUAAACAUUACCUGUUUUGUUUUGUUUUUUAAGCCACGCCCCAUCAGUGAACUUAUUAUAUUAAAUUAUUUUAUAUUAUAUUAUUUUAUAUUAUACGCUGUGGGUUCGUACAAUUUAUUUAUUAUAUUGAAAUAUAUCUCGUGUUAAAAUAAAACCAACGACGUUAUGUGUAUUGGUGGAAACAGCGCCCCCUGUCCGUUCGUCGAUGAACAUACAGUCUGAAUCCGGUCGGCUCGAGCUAAAUGCGCCACAGCAACUUGUGAAGCAGUGCAGAGAGGUCGUCGGAUUCGCUAAGCUUUCGCUGUAGUUCGGCGAAGAGAAAAAAAAAACCUUUGACAAAAACAAAUUUCAGUUGUACGACAUGGUGAAACUUGCUUUCAACUCCGCUCUCGGACAGAAGGAUUUAAAAAAGGAGGAGAA